AUGCGGUGGCUGAGCCCGAGCGGCAAGGCGACGAUCCGGCGGCGGGACCUGACGUUUCACAAGGAGCUCGGGGUCGGGAUGAGCGGGUGCGUGUACUUCGCGCGGGUCAUACGAACCGGCGCGGCGUGCUGCGUGAAGGUGAUGCAGAAGAAGAAGCUCGUGCGGUUGGACCAGGUGGACAACAUCAAGCGCGAAAAGCUCCUCAUGACGUCGUUCGACACGCCGUUCGUGAUGCAGUCGUUGUGCGCGUUUCAAGAGCAGGCGCACUUGUUCCUGGUCAUGGAGUACAUGCCCGGCGGGGACUUGUUCCAACUCCUCGUGAACGGCACGGAAAAAGGGUUGUUCGAACCGGGGCCGAGCCGUUUCUACGCCGCCGAGGUGCUUCUCGCGUUGGAAUACUUGCACGACCGGCUCUACGUCUACCGCGACUUGAAGCCGGAGAACGUGCUCAUCGCGGGCGACGGGCACGUCAAGCUCGCGGAUCUGGGGUUCUGCAAGAAGCUCCAGCCCGGGGAGCGGACGUACACGACGUGCGGCACGAGCGAUUACAUGGCCCCGGAGGUGAUGUUAUCCCAAGGGUACGGCAAGUCCGCGGAUUACUGGGCGUUCGGCGUGUUCGUGUACGAGGUGCUCUCGGGCGCCGCGCCGUUCACGGGGAAGACGGACAGCGCGCGGCAUAAGCGCAUCUUGACCGCGGAUCUGAAGUUCAAGGCGAACUUCCACCUCCACGCGAAAGAUCUCGUGUGCAAGCUGUGCGUCGUGGACCUCUCGCGGCGGUUCGGGAUGAUGGCGAGGGGCGCGUCGGAGAUCAAAGAGCACCCGUUUUUUUCGUGCGAACCCGGGUUUGACUGGGGCGCGCUCGAACGAAGAGAGGCGCGGCCGCCGUUGAAGCCGAAGAUGCGACGCGCGGAGGACAUGAUGGCGCGCGAGCCGAUGAGCGGCGUCGCGCGGCCGGGGGAGGACGAUAAGCUCAGCCGGGAGGAGGACGAGCUCUUCGGCGGGUACUGA